AUGAAAAAGCUCCAUUACCUACUUCGUAGAAGUGAUCUUGUCUUUCUCCCUACAGAUCAUCCCAGAGCAAAACAUGAGAUGGAGCCCAAGGAUCUAUUCAAUCAGUCUCAAAUGUCGGAAUUCAUUUUGAUGGGACUGACCAGCUUCAAAGAUGUAGAGUUUCUUCUCCUUGGACUCUUCUUGGUUAUCUAUGUCAUAAUACUUUUGGGUAACCUUCUCAUUGUGGUCAUGGUGUUUUUCACCCCAAACCUGAACACCCCCAUGUAUUUUCUCCUUGGAAAUCUCUCCUUUGUAGAUAUGACCCUUGCCUCUUUUGCCACCCCUAAAAUGAUUGUGAACUUGGUGAAAAACAAUAAGACCAUUUCUUUCGCUGGUUGCUUCACGCAGAUAUUUCUUCUUCACUUCCUGGGUGGAGUUGAAAUGGUACUGCUGGUCUCCAUGGCUUAUGACAGAUAUGUGGCCAUUUGUCAACCCCUACACUACAUGACCAUCAUGAGAAAGAAAUUCUGUGUUUUACUUGUUGUGAUCUCAUGGCUUUCCGGUCUCCUUCAUUCAGGGCUUCAGUUACCCUUUGUUGUAAGUUUGCCUUUCUGUGGUCCCAAUGUGGUGGACAGCAUUUUCUGUGAUCUCCCUCAGGUUACUAAGCUUGCGUGUACAGACACCUAUUUUGUGCAGAUAGUCAUUCUUGCCAACAGCGGCACGAUCUCCAUGAGCUGUUUCGUUAUUUUGCUUGUCUCCUACAGUUUAAUCUUCACAAGCAUUAGGAAGCACUCUUCUGCUGGGCAGUCCAAAGCCUAUUCCACCCUGACUGCUCACAUCACAGUGGUCAUUCUCUUCUUUGGUCCGUGCAUCUUCAUCUAUGUCUGGCCCUUCAACAACCACCCUAUGGAUAAAUUUCUUGCUGUAUUUUAUACCAUCAUCACCCCUAUCUUAAAUCCGAUUAUCUACACUUUGAGAAACAAGGAAUUGAAGACAGCCAUGAGGAAAAUCUGGAGAUCUUUCGUGAGUUCUAGAGAGGAGACUUAG